UCAAAGGCAGGGUGGGACAGAGCAGCCCGCCUUGGGUGUCUGGAAGGCAGGUUGGCCACCUUGCUGUCCCCGGAGGCCUGCCAGCCCAGGAGAGGCUCAUCCACCACUCUAGGCUCUGUUGCGAGCUUGUCUUCUCUUUGGACUUCGGUUUUCCCAUCUGCUCUCGGAGACCCCCUUGACUGCCUCAGGAAGGAAGCAGCAUCGUGGGUGAUCAGUGUUUUGGGAACUGAAAGGGGGUGGUGGCAAUUUUGCAUCUACUGUGUCAAAGCAGAAGAGCAUGGCUGGAGUCUCCAAACCCUAAGGCUUGUUCCUAUGCUCUUUGUGGCUGUGUCCCCAUUCUGGGGGUCUGCCCUCACAAACUCAGGGGCAGGACACAGGCAUCUGCUGUGCCCAAGUGAUGACGAAUUCACAGCCAGAGCUGCAGGGGGGCAACAACGCUGGGCACACAGUAGUGGUGGAUGGCAAGGAGUAUGACUUUCACCUGCUGCCCAGCGGCAUCAUCAACACCAAGGCCGUGUCGUUCAUUGGCAAUGGUGUGGUCAUCCACUUGCCAGGCUUGUUUGAAGAGGCAGAGAAGAACGAGAAGAAAGGUCUGAAGGACUGGGAGAAGCGGCUCAUCAUCUCUGACAGGGCACACCUUGUGUUUGACUUCCACCAGGCGGUGGACGGGCUGCAGGAAGUACAGCGCCAGGCACAAGAGGGGAAGAACAUUGGCACCACCAAGAAGGGAAUCGGACCAACUUACUCCUCCAAAGCUGCCCGGACAGGCCUCCGUAUCUGCGACCUCCUGUCGGAUUUUGACGAGUUUUCCGCCAGAUUCAAGAACCUGGCCCACCAGCAGCAGUCCAUGUUCCCUACCCUGGAAAUAGAUGUGGAAGGCCAGCUCAAAAGGCUCAAGGGGUUUGCUGAGAGGAUCAGGCCCAUGGUUCGAGACGGUGUCUACUUCAUGUAUGAGGCGCUCCAUGGCCCCCCCAAGAAGAUCCUGGUGGAAGGUGCCAACGCAGCCCUCCUUGACAUUGACUUCGGGACCUACCCCUUUGUGACUUCCUCCAACUGCACUGUGGGCGGCGUGUGCACAGGCCUGGGCAUCCCACCUCAGAACAUAGGUGACGUGUAUGGCGUGGUAAAGGCCUACACCACCCGUGUGGGCAUUGGGGCCUUCCCCACGGAGCAGAUCAAUGAAAUUGGAGACCUGCUACAGAACCGUGGCCAUGAGUGGGGGGUGACCACAGGCAGGAAGAGACGCUGCGGAUGGCUGGACCUGAUGAUCCUGAGAUACGCUCACAUGGUCAAUGGCUUCACUGCGCUGGCCCUGACCAAGCUGGAUAUCCUGGAUGUCCUGAGCGAAAUUAAAGUUGGCAUCUCCUACAAGCUCAACGGGAAGAGGAUUCCUUAUUUUCCUGCUAACCAGGAGAUCCUGCAGAAGGUGGAGGUGGAAUACGAGACCCUGCCUGGAUGGAAAGCAGACACCACGGGCGCCAGGAAGUGGGACGACCUUCCCCCGCAGGCCCAGAGCUAUGUGCGCUUCGUGGAGAAUCACUUGGGUGUGGCAGUCAAAUGGGUCGGCGUUGGGAAGUCCAGAGAGUCCAUGAUCCAGCUGUUUUAGAUGCCAAGCAGAAGCCAGCACCACAGCCCACCACCAUGAGUGAGCAGCUGCAGCCAAGAUUCUCAGUGGUACAGCCAAUGCCUUCCACAAGACAAUCUGAAACCAUUUCCCAUACUUCUAUUUUUCUAUGUACGUCCUCAGCUUGGCCCACUGAACUCUCCGACAAUUUUAAGGGUGUGAAAGAAAAACACUGUGUACACUUUUUAAAGUCAGCUUUUAAAAUGAGCCUAAGUGCUCGAAGCAGAGGCCUUUCAUGACUGAUGGUCAACGGUGUGUGUUCAGCUGGAACCAUGCCAUAAUAAACACAUGCCCGGGAGCCACCGAGAGGCUAUUA